AUGCAGAUGUACAGCCGGCAGCUCGCCUCCACCGAGUGGCUCACCAUCCAGGGCGGCCUGCUGGGCUCCGCGCUCUUCAUCUUCUCCCUCACCGCCUUCAACAACCUGGAGAACUUGGUCUUCGGGAAAGGAUUCCAGGCUAAGAUAUUCCCUGAGAUUCUCACCUGCCUCUUACUGGCUCUCUUUGCCUCUGGCCUCAUUCACCGAGUCUGCGUGACCACCUGCCUCAUCUUCUCCAUGGUUGGUCUCUACUACAUCAACAAGAUCUCCUCCACGCUCUACCAGUCUGCAGCCCCUGUUGCUGUUCCCACCAAGGCUGUCGGGAAAGGCAGGAAGAGGAAUUGAUGCCCCGUGGCCCCUCUCCGGG